AAUGAAACACUAGCAGAAAGUAUAAUCAAAUUUGCUCAACGUUUGGCUAUGAUAACAGGAAUACCUGUUCUAAUCGGCGGCGAGAAGAGUAUUAGCGAUAGAAAACUCAAAGAACUAGUAAAAAAGCUUUCGAAAGACUAUCAAGCAGAGUUCCUUGCUUCAGUUCAACCGGAAAUGUCAGAAAACGGAUACCUACCGUCGAUGACGAAAGCUUCAUUAAAACCCCAGCUCCAACUGUUUAAUAUGAAGGUUCUCAGAUGUGAGCCAAAAGGAACAAACGGGAGCGUGGGACAACUGUUUGAAGGAACCAGAUCAGAACAAGAAGUCGCUAAUUGUUUCAUAGCGUCUAAAUCGCUUAACCUCACAGAGCCUACCUUCUUAGAUAUGAAUGAGAUAACACGACGUGAAAUUCGUAUGCCUUCUCUACGAACAUACAAGCCAGUACAAAGCUUGAUGGAGAUACCUGUUCGGCCGCCCACGCACAGUGGUGGUUAGAGUAAAACAUCAGUCUCAUUCUCUCAUUGACGAGAUCGCCCAGUUAUAAGUCUGGAUCCUGAGCAUUGUGACAAUGUUUGAAUUAUCGUGCACUCAAUACAGAUGUUUCGGAGUAAAACAUCAGUCUCAUUCUCUCAUUGACGUGAUCGUCCAGUUAUAAGUCUGGAUCCUGAGCAUUGUGACAAUACACUCAAAACAGAUGUUUCGUAUUUAAUUUAUGGAUGCAUAUUACAUAUAUUGGAAGUAUAAAGACCCGUAUGUAUGAAAAAGUUUAUAUGUACCAAAGUGUAAAAUGUUUUAGAUAAGUUCACUAAAUCAGCAUAGCUUUAUAGACACGUACAAAUUUUAGAAUAUUAUGCUGUUGAAAUGUUAUGCGUGAUCCAGAUUUAAAAAUCCACGAACGCCAAAUACAAAAUCCGAGAUCCAGGUACUGUUAUAACGACCCUUUUACUACAUACCUAAACGUUUACCUUCAAUAUUUAUUGACGUUAAAAUAGAACUGAGUGAAGUUUUUAUAUGAGCUGUUUAUAUCUGUGUCAUGCCAUGCAUAUUUAAUGAAAGUAGACCGGCAAAGGUACCCUUUUUUCUGCCCGUUUGUAUUUAUUUGCGAAAUACAAGCCGUAUUUUGAAGAAGUUAUAUAGAUAUAUAAUAAAGCUGUUUUCUUAAUUGGAAUGGACUUUCUUACACGCUUUCCUUCUGUGGCCUGUUCGCAGAGAGUAAUCUAGCCUGUUUUGUGAUUAUAUGGCUAACCUUCACUAAAUAAGAUUGCCAGUUAUUAUUAAAAAAAUGACUAAAC